AACUCGGAAGGCAACCCGCCCAGUUUCUUCUUCUCCUCCUCCUUCCUCCUCCUCUUAUCUAAAACCCAGUCAGUCUCCGUUUCUCUCUGCCUUCACGGAGAUGGCUUCCCUCUCACUUCAGAGCAGGCUGUGCUUCUACUCAGCUCCCUCGGCCCUUCACUCCAACUCACGGCACAGAAGACGCCAUGGAUUCUCCAUCCAAUUCCCCCGGAAGACUGACUUGAAGACAGUGUGCUCCGCAGCAGAGCAUUCUCAGCAACAGCCGCAGCAGAGCUCGGAGAAGCAGGCCAUGAGGAAGAAGGGCAAGGGGAGCACGACUGACGCGGACAAAGGGGUCGACCCAGUUGGGUUCCUCACUAAGUUAGGGAUUUCCCACAAAGCUUUCGCUCAGUUCCUUCGCGAGAGGCAUAAGGCGUUGAAGGACCUCAAAGAUGAGAUUUUCAAUCGUCACCUUAACCUCAAGGAAAUGGCUUCUGGCUUCGAGAUUCUGGGUAUGCACCGUCACGUGGAACAUCGGGUGGAUUAUAUGGAAUGGGCUCCAGGAGCUCGGUACUGCGCAAUAGUUGGGGAUUUCAAUGGGUGGUCACCAACUGAGAACUGUGCAAGAGAGGGUCACUUUGGUCACGAUGACUAUGGUUACUGGUUCAUCAUUCUUGAAGACAAGUUGAAGGAAGGAGAAAAACCCGAUGAACUCUACUUUCAGCAGUACAAUUAUGUGGAUGAUUAUGAUAAGGGUGACAGUGGCAUUACCGUUGAAGAGAUAUUCAAGAAAGCAAAUGACGAGUACUGGGAGCCCGGGGAGGACCGGUUCUUGAAAAACCGAUUUGAACUACCAGCAAAGUUAUAUGAGCAAUGGUUUGGUCCGAAUAGUCCUCAGACAUACGAGGAACUGGAACCUAUACCUGAUGCAGAAACAAGGUACAAAGCUUGGAAAGAACAGCAUAAAGACGACCCCCCUGGUAACCUACCUCCAUUUGAUGUGAUUGAUAAUGGAAAAGAAUAUGACAUUUAUAAUGUUUUCAUUGAUCCCCCGUGGCGAGAGAAGUUCCGUGCAAAGAAACCUCCGAUACCAUACUGGUUAGAAACCCGUAAAGGAAGGAAGGCAUGGCUGAAGAAGUACAGUCCAGGUAUUCCUCAUGGAAGCAGAUACAGGGUUUAUUUUAACACCCCUAAUGGGCCAUUGGAGCGGGUCCCUGCUUGGGCUACUUAUGUAAAACCAGGUGAGGUAAAUGAAGAAUUGAGGACUUGGCCCCCAGAUGCAGAAGGAAGCCAAGCUUAUGCGAUCCACUGGGAACCGCCACCUGAGAGUGCUUACAAGUGGAAACACUCAAGGCCGAAUAAGCCAAGGUCCCUGAGAAUAUAUGAAUGCCAUGUUGGAAUUAGCGGAUCAGAACCUAAAAUAUCUUCCUUCAAUGAAUUCACAAAGAAUGUUCUUCCUCAUGUGAAGAAUGCAGGGUACAAUGCUAUACAGUUGAUAGGGGUAAUCGAGCACAAGGAUUAUUAUACUGUUGGUUAUAGAGUCACAAAUUUGUUUGCUGUGAGUAGCCGAUUUGGCACCCCUGAUGACUUCAAGCGAUUAGUUGAUGAAGCACAUGGACUAGGACUGUUGGUCUUUUUAGAUAUCGUGCACUCAUAUUCAGCUCCGGAUGAAAUGGUUGGACUAUCAUUAUUUGAUGGAUCAAAUGACUGCUACUUCCACUCUGGUAAACGAGGUCAACACAAAUACUGGGGCACUCGGAUGUUCAAAUAUGGUGACCCUGAUGUGCUGCAUUAUCUUCUGUCAAAUCUAAAUUGGUGGGUGGUCGAAUAUCAUACUGAUGGUUUUCAGUUCCAUUCACUCUCAUCAAUGAUGUAUACUCACAAUGGUUUCGCUUCUUUCACUGGGGACAUGGAGGACUACUGCAAUCAAUACGUUGAUCGGGACGCACUUCUGUACCUUAUUCUGGCGAAUGAUAUACUUCACGCUCUUCACCCAAAUAUAAUCACAAUUGCUGAAGAUGCAACGUCAUAUCCCGGCCUCUGUGAGCCAACAUCCCAAGGCGGAUUGGGAUUUGACUAUUACGUCAAUCUAUCUGUUCCAGAGAUGUGGUCAUCCUUGCUUGAGAAUACUCCUGAUCAGGACUGGAGCAUGAGUAAGAUAGUUGGCACAUUGAUUGGCAACAGAUGCUACGCUGAUAAGAUGCUCGUAUAUGCUGAGAACCAUAACCAAUCUAUAUCAGGAGGCAAAUCUUUGGCAGAAAUGUUGUUCGGCCAAAUCAAUGAGCAUUCUCCUGACUCGAAGGAUUUAAUCCUUAAGGGAUGUUCAUUAUACAGGAUGACCCGCUUGAUUACAUUCACGAUAUGUGGCCGCGCUUUCCUUAGUUUCAUGGGUAACGAAUUUGGGCAUCCUAAGAGGGUCGAAUUCCCAAUGUCGAGUAAUAACUUCUCCUAUGCAUUGGCUAUGCGUCGGUGGGAACUCUUGGAAGCUGAAGGACUCCAUCGGGAUUUUUUUUCUUUCGAUAAGGAUAUGAUGAAGUUGGAUGAAAAGGAAGGGGUGCUUUCGAGAAGCUUCCCAAAUAUCCACCAUGUGAAUGAUUCCACCAUGGUAAUAUCGUACAUGCGUGGUCCGCUUCUAUUUAUAUAUAACUUCCACCCAACUGAUUCAUACGAGAAGUACCAAGUUGGUGUGGAAGAAGCUGGAGAGUAUCAAUUGAUAUUGAAUACUGAUGAAAAAGAGUAUGGAGGUCAGGGACUGAUAGGUUGUGAUCAGUAUAUACAACGAACAAUCAGCAGACGGGUUGAUGGCCUUCGCAAUUGCUUGGAAGUGCCGUUGCCAAAUAGGAUAGCCCAGGUUUACAAGUUGAAGCGGAUUUUGAGGAUAUGAUCAAUUCUCAAGUGAGACUCGAAGACAUCAGCCAAGGUAGUUUGGGUCAAUGCAGGGGAGGAAACCAGUUCCGGUGCUUAAUAUUCACUGCAGCUUGUUCUUGAUUAGGAUCGUUGUUUAGAUGGGACCAGAAAGAUCUGUCUUCGGAGAACUGGUCCCUGAGUCAUCCCAUUUCUCUCCCCGAACUCAAUGUUCGAUCCGGGAGAAGUUUAUUGGUGUAACCUCCUUGUGAAGUAUGAUUGAGCCAUGCAGGCGAACAGAUGCUGCAGGUGAAUAUCCGUCGUCAUAUAUACAAAAAAAGGAAAUGUCUGGGACGAUUGAUUAGCACACCUAAAAUCUUUCGUGUCCUUUGGAUGACACUGUCGACAUGUCUUGACCCGUCUUUGUAUUACUUAAUUUAUUAUAAUCAAUGAUAAGAAGUUCUUUCCUACUUCUAA